UGAACUAUGCGUCUUCUUUCAAAUAAGGUGUGUCUCUAACACUUAUCCGACAGCCUCACACUUUUAUAUUAUACAUACAUAACCUUGAGGGGACCGAAACUAUAUCAAUUUUCAAUCAUGAGGCGCACUCAGCACUCGGUCAUACAUUCCCUUGGGAAGUAUUCGGCCCAAUCGUUCGGGGACUCUCACUUAACCAAGAAGAACUACUUGGAAAUCGGUGAGGGGGAGGACAAUACCGGGAACAAGUUCUUGGGCGCCGUGACAGUGAGGGACAUUCUGAACGAUGUCUUGUUUAAGGAGAACUUCCAGUUGAAGCAGUCGGACAGCAGUCUGGAUAACCUCUGCCAGCCGGUGUUAUCCACGGCCUUGAAGUCAAAGUCGGUCACGUCCAGGGACUUGGAUCAGGAUCUGGACAUGGACCCGCGGCUGCGCAACUGGAACCGCGUUCUAAAGCAGCGCCGGCGACUGCAGGAGCGGAUCGAGCGGCAGACGGGGAAGCGGGCCGAGGACGUGCUCUUCAACCGCUCGGCGACCAUCGACGAGGCCAGCAAGCGGAUGAUCCUGCGCGUCCUCGACUCCGCCGACCGAACGCGACCCCUUGUCCAGCUCAAGGAGAACGCCACCCUGACCUCACUGAAGCCGUGUUGCGAUCCCGAACUCUGCCGCGACAUCCACGAACUGUACGCCGCCAAGCCACUGCUGCAGCCCAUGGAGUUCGUCGGCCUGCCGCAGGUGACCCAGGUGGAGCUGGCCGCCACCGAGCUGACUCCCGACGCGGCCGAGAGCCAGUGGCAGCGCUCCAAGGUCCUGGGCCAGCGCCUCGAGGCCAAGAAGAAGUUCAUCAAGCAGGUGCUCGAGUUUGCACCGGAUCUGCAGGAGCUGCAAGUCACGCCAGCAGUGGCGGUUCCUCCCACCAAUUUGCCACCGAUCAUCAAAGUGGACGAGUCGGAAUUGCAACAGCUUUCCGGGGAUUCCACAGUGGAGGAGGAGGAUUCGGAGGCCGACCUGCUGCCCUUUGAUGUGGAGGGUGAGGAUGAGUGGGAGAUGGAACCCGAGAAGUUAAUCCGGGAAGAUGGCGUGGGCCAGGUGGAGAUCCAAGACUUGGACGAGCCACAGGACAAGAACGGGCUGAUGAUCAACGGCGUGUUCCUUGAUUACGGCAAUCUAAGCGGCGCCACCGGCAGAGGCAUCAAUGUGCUGCUCACAUGUGAUCCGUACGAACGAACGGUCAAGGUGCUGCUGGACAUCCAGAAUCUGAGCCCAAAGUUGGUGCAUGUGUUUUGGCUAAGCAGAUGCCGAUUGCGUUCGGACCGACUGCAGUUGAACGCCGAGCUGGUUUUCGACCGCAGCGAGUUCAUCCUGGAGCCGCAGGGUCGCCGGGUCGUCAAGGUGAUGUUCCAGCCGCAAAAGGUGGGCUUGUUCACGCAGCGCUGGUCCGUUUGCCUCGCCAAGUCGCCGUUCUGCGGUACCAAGCGCUUGGACGUCAUCGUCCAGGGGCAGUGCACCAUGCCGGCUCCCUUCAAGCGGCGCCUCGAAGGACAUCGCCAGGUGCCGCUGGACAAGCAGCAGAGGCUGCAGGCCAAUAGCAUCAUCAAAAUGCAGGCCAGUCUGGCGCCCAUCAUCGAGAACCCUCCGCUCCUGUGUCCUUACCAAAGAAUCCUGGACGAGCGCGAGGUCUUCAAUGCGCAGAAUUUCUCCUAUCGCUGCGAUCGGUACGAGGACCUCGAGGCCCUCAAGGACAUAUAUGCUGCGGCCAAGAAACCACGCGAUCGACCCUGGGACCUGAGUAUCGAGUCCAUGCGCCGCAUGAUUGGCCAGCAGGAGAGUCGAAAAAUGCGCGAGAAACUCCACAACCGCCUGGUGGACCUGCUCCAGCCGAUGAAGUGCAACCGGUGCGCCACCUUUCCCCUGCUGGAGCAUAAUCCGGAGCGGGAUCGGGCCAGGUUCAUCUACGUGCGCGGCACCAUCACCAGCACCAUCGACGAGUGGGAGGUCAUGGCCCUCGGCCUGGAUGAGCAGUUCUUCAAGCUGGAACUGCUGCGCUACCUGGCCAACCAUCCUUCGCUUCAGGAGUUGGGGCUGACCCAGAAGAAUCGCCAGCAAGAGUCAACGGAGCCAUCCGAAGAAAUGGAGAUCGUGGAGUACAUCUCUAAGAGAGUGAAGAGCAACAAGUACCUCAAGGACUCCCUCUACAUGCACACCUACGAUCUGCUCUGCGAUGCCGCCGAGGACAUUGUGUCCGUCAUCGAGAGUACCGCUGACUAGGACUCAGACUGCAGUUGAAGUAGCAAUUUCAGUUUAUGAUUUUUCAAGUCUAUAAAAUCGUAUACUAGCAGAGGGACCUAGAAAUGAAACCCAGUUGAUUUGAUUUUCGUGCAGCAUUCCCAGUUCAUAUAUUUUUCUAAAGUGUUUAACGCGGCAAUGUACAAAUAAAAUAAAAAAUAUUUUUAAUGUUGACUUAUAAUCCAGAA